AUGAGGCUGGGAGGCUGCUCGCAGCAUGACCACACUGCCUCCGCGUUCAGAAAGCUGGAGAUGAAAGCUCCUAGCUCAGUAGCUAAGUUUGGCUCUGCUUGGCCCAUCCCGCCCGCCUUUGAUUCAGAACAGCGAGUCCAGGUGCGGGGUCGGGCUCAUCUCCCGCUCUUCGUCCGUCUCCGAUUGGCUCAAGUCCGGGUCCUCCUCCGCCGGACUUCUCUGGUUUCGGCCGGGCAGGACCCAGCUCGGCUCCACCUAUCUGGUUUCGGCCUUGUUCGGCUCGGCUCCACCCACCUCGGCGCGGCCUCACUGGUCCCCGCCCCGAUCCGCUUAACUCCACCCAGGUUGCGUCCGUCCGCACCUGUUCCACCUCUCUGGUUUCGGCCUCUUUCGGUAGGACCCGCCAGACGGUCCCCAGUUCUCCCCAGCCCGAGCCCCGCGGCCUGCCGCCGCCGCCACCGCCGCCGCCGCCAUGAAGAAGCAAUUCAACCGCAUGAAGCAGCUGGCCAACCAGACCGUCGGCAGGCGAGUGCGCGGGGCGCGCCGGCGGGGGGCGCGCGGGGGGCGGGCCGGUCCUGCUCGCGAGGAGCCGGGGAGCGGGGAGAACCGGGCGCGGCCGGGCCUUGGGCCCCGCGGGGCGGGGGGGUCUGCGCCAAGCUGUGGCUAGGGCGCUGCCCAUUGUCCUGCCCCGAGGAGCAUCGCCCUCGGGAGACCCACGCGAGUCUUUACUCCUCCCUGUCCCCGCCAGCCGGAGCUCGCCGCCUGGUGCGAAAACUCCGUAAACUUGUGUGCCUCUCCGCAGUGCCAGGCGCGCAGCUUUGGGGCUGGUGUUCUCAGGCUCUCCCUGCCGACCCGCUGUUGCAGCCUUCCCCAGAGAAGAGCUUGCUGGUCACUAGGAAACCAAGGGGUGUUAGGCUAGUGUGGCUUGCCCAGAUAAGUUUAGCCCCCCCCCUCUCCUCUGUGAAGGAAUCGAGAAAUAGUCUCAAAAUGCAGGCUUUUGGGAGUUUGCUGCGAGUUCUUGAGGUCUAGAGGUUUAGAAAGGGAAAAGGAUGCCUUUUCUCACCUUGGAUGUGAUAUUUUUGUGACACUGCGUGAGUGCUUGACAAGAAACUGAUUUUUUUUUUUUGAUGAAAGAAUAUAGGAGGGACAGUAGGUGAGUAGGCUGUAGAACAGGAACGAUUUGCGGUUUUUAGAGCUUUCACAGUUGUCAUGUGCUGUGCUAUCUGGAACAAAUAUUCCAAGGUCUUGUAGGGCGGAUAGCAGUGCUGAACCAAUUUUCUGUUUAUUCUACACAGAGAUAGAUGAAUUUUUCACAGCUCUCGCUCUUUCCCCCCUCCCUUAGCAGUUAAGGGGAGUUUGGUUUGGUUGGAGCACGUGAGACACUUCUUUUUUUUUAUGUGUAGAAAAAUACUUUUACUUCCUCUUGGGUUUUCUAAAUUUGCUUUUUACAGUGUUUCAUUUCCCUCAAACUUUUGCUAAGUUUUGUUAAAUUG